CCAUCCCGGUGUCGGAGCGCGCGUGCCUGCGGUUCGUGCUGGUCGGACCUCGAGUAUGAGAACUUCCAUUUGUGUCCUUCCCACAUUCGAUCAUUCUUCUUCACCCCCCCGCCUCAUCUCUUCGCCUCUUUCCCCCACAGUUGGUCGCUCCCCGCCGCACCCCCCGGCCCGGCUGACCGCUCCAGCACCGGUUCCGCUCUGUGGAUUUGGGUUUUCUCUGAGGAUUUACGGAUGUUCCGCAGUCGCUGCGCCACUUUGGCAUCAGAGGAUGUAUUUGCGCGCUGAGCGCGGAGGACAGUGACGCGCGAGCCUUUGGAGCAGGUCUCUCGUGCGCAGAGGCUGAUGCUCCCGCUCUGGACCCGGAUUUAAGCCCGUCGGUUCUGGUUCCGCUCGUGUUUUUCCUGAGGACGCAGGGUUCGGCUCGGCUCCGGGUCACCAUGGGGAGGGACUCGAUGUGGAGAUAUUAUUUCGGAGUUUUGUUCGUCGCCUUCAGAGUGGACCUGUGCCGCGCGCUCAUCCUGGAGUCCAUCUACUGGAACACGACCAACGGCAGGUUCGUGCCGGGCCACGGCGUGGUUCUGUACCCACAGAUCGGGGACAAGCUGGACAUCGUGUGCCCGCGUGUGGACGGCGGCGUGAGCGACGGCGUGGAGUACUACAAGGUGUACAUGGUGCCGCGGGAGCAGCUGGAGAGCUGCACCAUCACCAAGGCGGACACGCCGCUGCUGAACUGCGUGAAGCCGGAUCAGGACGUGAAGUUCACGCUGAAGUUCCAGGAGUUCAGCCCCAACCUGUGGGGGCUGGAGUUCUUCAAGGGGAAGGACUACUACAUCAUCUCCACGUCCAACGGCACCAUGGAGGGCAUCGACAACCAGGAGGGGGGGGUGUGCAAGACCAAGUCCAUGAAGAUAAUCAUGAAAGUGGGACAAAGUCCCUCUGACCCCGUUUCACCCAAAGACAACCCCACCAGAGUGCCAUACCCCCCCAAGUCCACAGACGGGAAGGGCACAACCAACAACGUCCUGAAGGAAACCGCAGACCCCUCCCCGCGAGGCGAGCCGGGCCCUCCGGAGAACGGGAAGUCCAACGCCAUCGGCUCGGAGGUGGCCAUAUUCGUGGGCAUCGCCUCGGGCAGCGUCAUCUUCAUCAUCAUCAUCAUCAUGCUGGUCCUGCUGCUGCUGAAGUACCGGCGGCGGCAUCGUAAGCACUCGCCUCAGCACGCCGCCACGCUGUCCCUAAGCACCUUGGCCACGCCCAAACGAAGCGGCGGGGGCGGCAACAACAACGGCUCGGAGCCCAGUGACAUCAUCAUCCCGCUCAGGACUGCUGACAGCGUCUUCUGCCCGCACUACGAGAAGGUGAGCGGGGACUACGGACACCCCGUCUACAUCGUGCAGGAGAUGCCGCCCCAGAGCCCGGCCAACAUCUACUACAAGGUCUGAGGCGGAGCUUCUCCGGCAGAGGGCGGAGCCCAGGACUUGUUGGGGUUUUCGCGCCCACAAACAGACCCCCCCUCCUGUCCCUGGAAGUUUUGUUCCUUUUUCUUUCCCUCCUCCACGUUUUGAUGCUGGGGGGGCGCAGCGAGAAGGCUGCCGCUCUCUGGGGGGUUUGUCGUCCUGGGAUGAAGGAUGGAUGCGCCGAGCUCCUUCCUGUGGGGGGGCAGAGCGCCGGGGAGGGAGGGAAGGCGGGGCGUGGACCAAACGGACAAACUGCCGGGACCAGGAGGAAGCAGAGGGUGUUUCCUCACCUGAGGGACGGGCAUCACCCCCACCCCCCCACAAAGAUGGACUGUUUGUUUUUCACCACUUUCCUCAAGAGUUACUUGAACCUUUUAGGCCCCGCCCUCUCCCCGUCUCUGAUCCGCUCUGCGUUUCAGGUUCUGGUUUCCGUUUUCUUGUAGUGAAACGGUCGUUCAAACGUGGACACCCCCCACCCCCCGGCGGAGGACCCUCCACAGUGCAGCACUUUCCGACCCCCCCUUCGUCCGGGACGGUCCGCAGAGAGGGCGGGGUCUAGUGACGGCAUGCCGUCUGAGUAGCGAGGGCUCGCCUGCAGGACCUGGGCGAUAGGGGCUCCAAGAAUCCAGCUCGCCUUACUACUGUUUUAUAUGCAUCAGGGGAAGAAGAGGCCGAGAUCUGGCUGAGGUCGGCUGGCUGCAGCAGCUCUAGGUACUGUAAUGUUUACCCCGCGGGGUCCAAUGGUUUGGGGCCCCCCAGGGGCCCCGAUCAGCGCGACCGGUGCUCUCCUGUUCUGGUGUUUGUGUUUUUGAAGCACAGGGACAUUCACGUCGAUUCACGCCGUCUCUUCACGAGCGUCUCCGUCUGGAGGCUUUGGUUCCCAUUUUCUACCACAUAGAUGUACAUUUAAAAGACAUAAAGAGGAAAAAAUGAGAUAAGCAGAUUUAUUUAUGAUAGACACAUAGAGCACAGGUGUUGUCCGGCGGGUGGAGAGGAAGGAGGAAGUGAUGUUAAUAUAUAACUGUAUACGUGCACAUUAUGCAAUCCAGGGUUUGGUUUCUGGGUUCCGUUUGGAGCCGCUGAGGCUGUCAUGCCCCCCCCCCCGGUCCUGGGGGGCGACCCGGCUCAGCGUGCAGCUCACGUGACCCCGAACAGCUCGCGCCUCCCAAAGGAAGAAUCUCACCGACACCCCCAUUCUCAUGCAUGCCUGUGUGUGUGUGUGCACGUGUGUGCGCGUGUGAGGCGGCUGUCGUCCAUCCCACCCGUGACCCCGCCCUCCGCAUCCAUCAGCCCAUCGUUCGAUCAGAUCCACUGAAAAGCCAAGCCUUGUAUGAUCUGAGGUUUGUGCCUCUGAGAGGCCACAAAAUCUGCAAAUAUGCAAUUCUUAUUUAUUUUUUUAGUCGAUCCUGAGAGAAAAAACACCAACAGAAAGUGUUCUUAACCACUGAGAGACGUAACCACAACUCCCUCCAGUCUGCUGUUUCUUUCCUGCACCGACUGUAGAAUCUGGAACUGUGUGUUCUGCCCGCGUGCCGCAGAGCAAAGGCAAACUGUGAAAAAGAACCCUCAACAGCAUCUGACCCGGCCGCACACGCGCGGCAGAUUAUGACAAUCUUCUUAGUUUCUUUGAAUCUGGGGCUCUUCCCGAAGCCCCGCCCCCUCUGGCGCCGCGGCUCCUGAGGGGGCGGGGCUUCGGGAAGCGCCUCGGGCUUCUGUAAAUGCCUUGCUGGUUUGGUCACCUGACUCAGUACUUUGCACCGCUCUUCGGUAGGUAAGAAACUGUAAAUACAUCAGUGUUUGUAACGUACCUGGAUCCUGGGAUGUUUCGAUAGCCUUACUCACCUUUGUAGGACAGAAAACGAGAAAACGCUCAGAAAAAGUGGAACACACUUCGGUCGAACAGAGAUGAAUACUUUUUUGGAAAAUAGCUUAUGUAAAUAUUGACCAGAACCCAAUAAAACAUUUUUAUAAACUCUUAAAGUAAGAUGUUUUGUAUAAAAAUUUGAAUUUUUUGCUAUGUAUUUUAGCUAGCGCUCAAUGGAAAGCCCAUUCCCCUCUGCUCCCGUUUUGCACUGUUUCCAUGGUAAUUUGGUUUCAAAGAUGAGAGAAAAGUUGCCAAACCGACUGCUGCAUAUUUGUGCCAUAAGUGUGUACCAUAAAUAUUUAUUAAAUUAGUUUUUCUUUGGCGUUAAUGAUUCAUUUCAGUCCAGUUUGUCAGUAACAGUAUUAUUCUUGCAUCUUUUGUCGUCACCGGGUUUUUUUCGUCAUGUCCCGGCUGCUCGUCAGCCGGAGCCCCCCCCUGCCCCCACUCCUGCGGUAUGAGACGGCCAGGCUGUGAAAAUGGUUUUCAGAUGACAAAAAAAGAAGUGAACGUGAGGAUGAACGACACACAUUCCACCAGUCUGUUACAAACUGAAAAUGUUUUUCAAUAAAAUCUUUUUCCUAUGGA